AUGCCGCUUGAAGGGUCUGUAGAGCCAACAUGGCGCAAGCGCAUUCUCUUUCCUUUCUGGGGCGUGCGCAUCUUCUUCGUCGCCAUUGUCGUCACCACCUUUGCCGUCUUGCUUUUGCUGUUGAGCAGAGCAACCGACGACAACAACGACUUCCGACAUCAUGGCGACGGAUACACCGGUUCAAUAGCCGUCCUAUCAAUAUUCUUCGCCUGUUUAAUUCUCUGCUUGGUCCUCGAUAUUGCUUCCAUCGUUCUCUACGGCCUUCGCUCCCUCAACCCCCGCACUUUCCUUAUCAUCAACAUCGCGCAAACCACGUUUUGGUUCGUCGUGCUUGUCCUGGGACUCAUCGGCGCCGCCCUUUUACAAAGCGGCACGGCCGUCGUCUCAGCCUUCAUCGUCUUCUUCAUGUACUGCGGCCUCCUCAUCUACGCCGCCGUCAUGUAUCACCGCUCGCGCCGCGCCGCCCGCGUCAAAGACACAUACGCCGUGGCCAUCAGCUCCGCCAACCCCAGCCCCGUGCCCGGCGAGUACUAUGCGCCGCCCAUGCCGGCCUCGCCACCGCCGCCCUUCAGCCCCGGCAGCGUCUAUGUCCCGCCAUCGCGGCACCAGCCCAACCCCUUCAAGGACGGAGGCGAGGCGCACGAGCUUGCUGAACGGCGGUAG